AUGCUUAUAGAAGAUCACGAACCGAGGACGAUAGUUGUUGAAGAAAACGCCAUUUCUCAGGAUAAUUCAGAAGAUCCUGGCGCAGAAGAAACCACACAGAAACAAUUAAUAUCAGACAAAGAGACAACACUUCCGAAUGCAACGACUGAGCCUGGAGCAGUUCAAGAGGCUGUCGAAGAAAUGCCAAUGGAGAUCCAUGAUCAUAUACCAGAAAACAGUAGCGUAGGGCCUGAACCAACCAAUCAGACAAAUCAAUGGUCAAACAACCGAUCUCAAGACCGAGAAGAAUCAAGAGGAAACCAGCGUAUGUAG